AAAUUAAAUUCCAUUUCUCAAAAACCUAGAGAAAAUCAAGAAUGAAAUUCGCUUAUAACCUAGUGAUGAUUUUCUUUAUCUUUCUCUUUCAAUACUCAAACGGCUCCAACCUUAUCCUUCAAUCAUGCAAAGAGGCCUCAAAGAAUGAUCCAAAUUUGAGCUAUGAUUUCUGUGUUGCAUCCCUUGAAGAAGCCUUAUCCAAGUGUCACCCACCACCCACCAACCUUGAAGACCUUGUGGGCAUGUCAAUUAAUCUAUCCAAAUCCAACGUAACCAACAUGGUUUCCAUCAUUUCAAACCUAUUGAAGAACAAAACUUUUGAUCAAUACACUAAGGCUUGCCUAAAAGAUUGCUUCGAUCUUUACUCGGAUUCGCUUUCGGCUUUAGAUGAUGCUGUGGUUGCUUUCAAGUCCAAGGAUUUGGACACGGCUGGUAUAAACUUGAGUGCUUCCUUGGAUAAUUCUGUUACAUGUGAAGAUCAAUUCAAGGAUAAGAAAGGUGAAACUUCUCCUAUAACAAAGGAGAACAACGUGUACUUCCAACUCAAUGUAAUAUCUCUAGCCUUCAUCCAAAUGUUUCGUCAACAUUAUUGAGAAAAUUUAGAGCAUAUCAUUACAAUUAUAAACCUUGUAUGGUGGGAGUCAUGAAAUUAAUUUUGUGAUUUUUAUAUAAGCUUUAUACGUGUAUAAUUGAAGUGUGUGUAAAAUCCUUUAUUUGUUAUGAUGAUGUAUUGAGAUUGAAAUUAUGAGGUGCAUGUAAUUAAAGCCCUUCAUAUGUUGGAAUUGCUUUGAAGUAGUGAAGUUCUUCCUCUCA